UCUGGCAUGGCCAUUUUUAGGUCCCUUGGUAGGGAGCCUGGGAAAACCUUCAGUCGGGCUGCUGACACUGAUGAGAGAUCUUUUAUGCCAAGAUCGUCGCUCUUGGAACAGACCACACCAUGCGUGAGUACAAGCUAGUGGUCCUUGGCUCAGGAGGUGUGGGGAAGUCCGCUUUGACUGUACAGUUCGUUCAGGGAAUUUUUGUUGAAAAAUAUGACCCAACAAUAGAGGAUUCAUACAGAAAGCAAGUGGAAGUAGACUGUCAACAGUGUAUGCUUGAAAUCCUCGAUACUGCAGGGACAGAGCAAUUUACAGCGAUGAGGGAUCUCUAUAUGAAGAAUGGUCAAGGGUUUGCACUAGUAUAUUCUAUAACAGCACAGUCCACGUUUAACGACUUACAGGACCUGCGGGAACAGAUUUUACGGGUUAAGGACACUGAAGAUGUUCCAAUGAUUCUGGUUGGCAAUAAAUGUGACCUGGAGGAAGAGCGCGUAGUCGGCAAAGAACAGGGUCAAAACUUAGCAAGACAGUGGUGUAACUGUGCCUUUCUAGAAUCAUCUGCGAAGUCUAAAAUCAACGUUAAUGAGAUCUUUUAUGACCUGGUCAGACAGAUAAAUAGAAAAACACCAGUGGAAAAGAAGAAGCCUAAAAAGAAAUCAUGUCUGCUGCUUUAGACAUCCAUUGCGCAGCAGCUCUGAGCCAGAUUGCAGGAAUGAAGAACUGUUGCCUAAAUGGAAAGUGCCAGCAUUCCCGACUUCAAAACCUUAUGGAAAUUAAUAACAUAUCUGAAGAAGCUUCUCCUGUUUUUAUAUACUACGAGAAGAAUUUAGAUCUGAAAGCGGUUCGCACACAGUCCCUGGAAAAGCAAUGGCUCUGUGUGUAUCUCUUGGAAAUUUAAGACGAUAGUACUCCUCCUUUGCAAUAGCAGUUAACACGUGAAAAUAAAUAUAAUUGACUCUAGCGUAUGAUUCUACAAAGGAGCAUGGAUGCAUUUCAAGUGUUAGAUAUUGCUACUAUAAUUAAAAUGUCAUAUUGACCCUUUUAUCAUCAUUUCUCCCCAUCAAGCACUAAAAAUGUUCCAUUAUAUUUUAUAACUAUAGAUAUAUAUUAUCUGAAAUUUCCCUCUGAACUCACUGCAACAAAUAACUUUUUGAGUCAUUGACUUCAUUUUAUAUUUAAAAGUUACGGAAUAUCAUUUUUUUUCAUUCUGCCAUUAUAUUCUAAUUAAAAAUGUUUGUGCAUAGUGCUUUGGAAAAAUGGGUCUUUUAUAGGAGAAAACUGGGAUAACUGAUUUCUAUGGCUUUAAAAGCAAAAAUAUAUAAUAUACUAAACCAACUCUAAUAUUGCUUCUUGUGUUUUACUGUCACAGAUUAAAUUACAGCUUUUAUGAAUGAUUAAAUUUUAGUACAUUUUCAUUUUGUUUCUGUGUUUUUGUUAUGGUUUCCAGGCUUUGGGUUUUGCCCAUGGCUUUGUGAAUUCCCCUUCCAUUCUGGUCGGUUGAGUGUUUUGUUCCAGCCAACACCACCAGGAUGUCGUUCCGCUGAUGCGAUGUCUUCGCACCCCCUGCUUGUUGGAUGUGUUUAAUGGUGUCACACACUGAAGUGCAGGCGGCUACUUUUAAUCAGUUUUGUGUAUUUUGAAUGUUGAAAGAUUGUAUUCUGCUGAAAAUAUUUCCUCUGUACAGUUACUUUUAUAUGUACGAAUUCAGUUUAACAGCGUGUCGAGGGCUGACUGUACCGUGACCGUUUUGCACGGUCGUGCCCGUGGAGGGUAGCGUCGCUGUUCGGAGGUUGCCGCCCGCCAGGCAGGGGCUGUGGUGGCUCCUCGUGGUCUCCAUCUCGGCACGAAGCCACGGAGCUGGGAGCUGGUUCUGUCUCAAGGCAAUUUCAAGAAAGCAAAGCGGCCGCUUUACAUUUUCAGACAGAACCUGGUGAACGUGGCCUGGUCUGCUGUCAGCGGAGGGGGC